UACUCAUGAUACGAAAGCACUCUUAGCUAUUUAAAUAAGUGUUAUUUAUUAUAUGAGAUAAGUUUAAAAACAUAUACAUAUCUACAUACAUACAACUUUACUUUUUUUUUAGUAUGUAUAUAAACAAAUUUUUUCUUUAUGUUGAUAGUCAUAUUUUAAAUUUAAGAAUUUGUGAAGUUGGCGUUACUUAUGUUGCCAACUUUGUUUCAUGCCGGGUAUUAAAAGUACUAUUCAAACUAGAGCUUCUUGCUUGUAUUUAUUUACAUAUAAGUACGUGCGACACAAGUCGUUUUGCUUGACAUUAUCAAUUUUAAAUUAUUUAUCGUUAAAACUGUAAGAUAUUCUACUUUGUUUUGAUUUCAUUCAUCGUUGUGCUGCAGAUGUGUGUAGGGGUUGUCGUGAAUAAUUUAAAAUUUAACCUUUUUUUAGCUGUAAUUUAAAAUUGUAUACGCAUUCAAAUAUUAAACGAUAUAUUUUUUAACUUUUGGUACAAGAAUAUAUUGCAGAGCAUUCCAAUGUGAUAAUUUGCAAAAUACUCUUGAAAAAGAAAGUGUACGAGAUGGAAAAUGGAUUAAAUGCUCGCAUAUAGUCAUACAUUGAUGUCUUUUUGGAGUUCAAACUAGUAAUCAUAUUAUUAUUAGUUAAAAAUUCUUUAUAAUUCUAUAAUAUUGCGACUGCUUUUAAAUUUAGUAAUAAAAUCAAAAUUUACUUUACUCUUAAAGUUUUUUUGCUGGAUUUGUGUAACAUUGUUAUGCCGAUAUUGCAACACCAAAUUUGUUGCCUUUUAAAUGCAACCAUGCGUAGAUCUGUUUUAUCUGCUGCCACUUUCAGUAUAUGGACGCAGUAGAAAAUAAAAAGCGGCAAGAGAACAAGCAGACUUCUGACAAUCGCCAACGCUCUCACUUUGUUUUGUAUUCAAUUGUUGUAGCUUGAAGUUGGAGCAACAAUCUGUGGAGCUCUCGUUGGUACCAUAUCGACCAACUGUUUUUGUUUUUGCACAACAAAAUGCGUUAAUAGAUUCGAUAGUACAGCAGAAAGAUAUAAUUAAGUUGCUACAUUUCUGAGGAAAUCUCAAUAUAAAUCACUGAGUUCAUUGAAAAAACGCCAAGUUGGUGAUUUACCAAAGCUGUAUUUACUUCUGAAGGCUAUUGGCGCUUAGAACGUGGCAUUUUCUAAAGAAAUUAAGGGAGGUAAACAUUAAGUAAAGGUUGUGAUCUGGCUUACGUGUGAUUUUUAUCUCGAUAAGCAACAAUCAGUGAAUUUAUUUUGCGUUAAAGAGAGAAAAGCUGAGACCAAUAUCAAGAAGUCGUAAUGAUUCCUGGCUACGGACCUGUCAUGCAGGCCCUUUUGGGUACUCUUUUUACUUGGGGAUUAACAGCUGCGGGCGCAGCGUGUGUGAUAUUCGUGCGCGGUAAUCAACGCAAGUCACUUGAUGCUGCAUUAGGUUUUGCCGCUGGGGUCAUGAUUGCUGCUUCAUUUUGGUCACUUCUAAAUCCCGCCAUAGAAAUGGCAGAGAGUUCACAUCUGUAUGGCGUUUACGCCUUUAUGCCAGUGUCUGGUGGUUUUCUUCUAGGUGCCAUAUUUGUGUAUGGUUGUGAUAGGCUUAUGUCGUAUCUUGGACUAAACAGCACAAACAUGAUGAUUUCGAUGACACAAACAAAUAAGGAUAAGGCUGAUAUUGCUAUCGAUGAUAUACGUAAUAGUCAAGGUGUUUUAGAUCGCACAGUAACCAAAAGCAUCGACAGUUUCUCUGAUUGCUUGAGCACACAGCACGGCAACCUUGAGCCACGACGUCGCAAAAAAAACAGUGCAGCUGAAUUAGAAGCUCAGCGUACAUACACAACAGAUAGUCAACGUAACCUUGAAAACGCAAUGGCACAAUGGAAACGUAUUAUGUUACUGGUUGUUGCAAUAACUGUACAUAACAUUCCCGAGGGGUUGGCGGUCGGAGUCAGCUUCGGCGCAAUAGGUAGUACUGAAUCUUCCACAUUUGAAGCUGCUCGAAAUUUGGCAAUUGGCAUUGGCAUUCAGAAUUUUCCAGAGGGCUUAGCGGUGAGUCUGCCUUUACACGCAGCUGGUUUUAGCGUGGCACGCGCAUUGUGGUAUGGUCAACUCUCUGGUAUGGUGGAACCAAUAUUCGGUAUUUUGGGUGCAGUUGCAGUGACAUUUGCCAAUCUCAUAUUACCCUAUGCACUGUCAUUUGCAGCCGGUGCAAUGAUAUAUAUUGUUGCGGAUGACAUAUUGCCAGAAGCUCAUGCCAGUGGCAAUGGCACGAUUGCCACUUGGGGCACGGUAGCAGGGUUCCUUAUAAUGAUGUGCCUUGAAGUUACCCUAUCUUGAUGUUACUACUACUGCCGUUGUUAUAUUUGUUAUAUUAUUAAACACAAGUACAAGAUUUUGCGUUUCCAAAGCUACAAUUGCUUGAUCAGCCGCAUUGAUAUGGUACAAAAGCCAAUCUACUUUUAUAAGUGACUUAAACUUUUUACGGAUGUGUAUGAAAAUAUGAAUUGUUGGAUAUGUGUAUAUACGUUCACAUGUAUUUAAGCAGCGUGUUUGUAAUGCUCGCUAACCCGCUUAAAUGUGAAAGUUUUGACAAUGUUUAAAUUAUGCACGAUUGACUAGCACCAUUUUCAUUAAAAAGUUAACGCAUUUAUUUUUUGUACUUUAAAAAAAAUCUCAUAAAACGGACAACUGAGUAUUACUUUUGUAAAUAUUUACCGAAAAUAAGAAAUCUUUUAAACACUAUUGUUUUAGAAACCUCUUGAUCGCAAACAUUUUACUUAAAUGGAAUAUUUUAAUAUCUCAUUAAAAUACCAUUCAAUAGAUACAGUAAUUUAAUUAGUUUUUAAGUAUGUUUUAUGUUUUGAGCACAGAAAAAAAAAGUAAUUUAAUGGAUAAAAAAAUAUAUAUAUUUAACUAAAGUGAAGGUGGCAUACUUAUUUGUGAGUGUAAAUAAUUUAUAUGUAUAAACAGUAGCGAUGAAAAAUUGUGGUAAACAAUUUCCGCUAGAGGCCAAACAAGACGUUAGUAAUCAAUCAACGUACAUUUUCAACGGUUACUAUACGCAAGUAAUUAGCUACUUUUAACAACAGUUAAGAUAGCUAAAUUAAAUUCUGAUAAAUUUAAAAUGUCACGAUAAUUUGUGAUGUACACUGAUAAAGGCAGAUACGUGCACUUAGUUAUCUUUAAAAAGACAAAUAUACGUAUAAAAUAUACACGAUAUUGCUUUGUGAACAAGCUGUAUUUAAUCCUGCAUGCACAUACAUAUGUAUUUCAUUUCCAAGUCUGUUUAAAAUCUUCUUAUUUUUUUAUUGUUUUGGGCUUCCUUAGUUUCUAUUUCAUACAAAAUUUCUUAUAAAUACAAUGGAGAGGUUUUUUAGAUAAACAUAUGAACUGCGCUUAAAUGAUAUCAUUCAAGAGUUGGUCGUUUAAAAGAUUAUAUAUAAGCACAAUGCCUAUUAUUUCAUUUAUGCAACAAUAAUAACUGAUAAAACAAGAAUGUUGUAAUACCUUAACAACUUGUUGUACAAACUACAUUGGUGCUGUAAAGGGCUGAAUUUAACUAGAAACAAGUGCUAAGAUCGGCAGUAGCAAAAAAUUAAGAUACUAUUAAAUGCAUUAUUAUUACAAUGUAUUUCAGAAGCUUUCGGAAAAAAUUACAGCUACCAAGUGAUGUAUCCUACAAAUAUGCAAUCGAUGACAUUUACAUAGGGACAACUAACACCUUUAUAACACUAUAUCCGUAUAUGAUGUUCUGGAUGUUAAAAUACCAUCUAUCUCAACUCAGGCUUACAAAGUUUCGUCUCCUGCAUACAAGACCUAUGGUACAAAUUAUCUCUUUAAUUGCUCACAAAUACCCUAACACCCUUCGAUUAGACGUCGAUAACUAUUCCUAAUGUUACAACAACAACAACAAUCACAGUCAUAAUGUUUUAUCAUUAAACAAUAUUUGUGGUAAGGUAAUAUGCAAUAUAUAAAAAGUUACAUAUUUCCUUAUUUCAAAGAUUUCAUGUUGGCAUAUUUUCUCCGUUUAAUUAAUUUUAAAUGUGUUCGCGAGAAGAAGCUAGACCUCAUAAAAUUGAAUAUACUUGAAAUCUCAUAAAAUUCAUUUGAAUAUUUCUAGUUUCAGGAAAUCCAGUGGUAUAUAUGUCAUUACUUUUCGAUAUUAUCUUUAUUUCCACGAAUGUACGUGUAACAUGUAAUUGUUUCUCAAUAAGAUAUUCUAGUGCAAUUAUUAAACUAUGCAACUACUAAUAUUUUUUAAUGUACAUUGGCUUUGUUAUAGACAAUCCAAUUUCUCAAAUGAUACUUAUGGGAGUUUUAAGUCAAGCUUAUGAAUUUGAGGUUAUGUAAUAAGACAAUUCAUUUGCAGCUGUUAUUUAUAAUUUAUUAUAUAAUUUUAACUACAUGCGAGUGGUGUACAAAAUCAACCUAAAUCUAUCGAAAAGGCAUAAAACUUGCGAUUUUCAGCAACUUUGACAUACUAACAAAUAAUUGUAAUAUAUUUUUAAACCGAUCGCACCAACGGAUUCUAGCUUUUUAAUAUGUAAGGUAUGUUAAUACCACCUAUUGUUGUUGUUGUAGUGGAGUAUCUAAAUCUAAGAGGGUUAGACGAGUUAGUUUGAUGGAAUAUGCGAAGAGAUGGUUAGUGUAAAGUAGGGCAAGUAACCUACUGUAGUAUCCAGAAUUAAGUCUUCGCAUGAUCCAGAGAAAAAUAAAAUGUUUGUAGCACAGUCAACUUAUUUUAAUCUUAAGCCCGGUGAUGUUUUUCAAGUUAAUUCCACCAUUACAGUAUAUCAAGUCUCUCAACAUUAUUAAAAGCAAUUAGACGUACGCCGAAACCGGUAGGAACAACGAUACAUUUCUGACAACUAAUUCAUUUAAAUAUUACUAGUAAACCGGUUUGCACUUUAUAAUAUUCCUCAUAUAUGUAUGUUAUAUCUUCUUCACAGUAAUGUUAGAUUAUUAAGAUUUAGUACUUCGAGAAAUAAACAUGGACUUACCUUCAUUUUUUCGUAUAGUUCGG